AUGGGAGAUGAUGGCACCAGCAUGGCGGACGAGAACCAGUGGAUCCUGCAGCCCUUCCAGCGCUCAGACCCCCUCUUGAACAAGCCCGGCGAGCAUGACACCUUUAUCCAGCACAUCCUCACCGCCGCUACCAUUACUCACAACGACCCGCGCGCACUCCUCAUCUUCUCCGGAGGAAGGACCACCAACGCUCCGCGCGCUGAAGCAGAGAGCUACGCCAUCAUCCUGAAGCACAUCGUCGACAAUAAUGCUGUCUUGUUUCCCGCCGGCGUUCGUUACGCGCUCGAGACAUACGCCACCGACUCAUAUCAGAAUCUGAUCUUCAGCAUCAUCCGCUUCCGGCAACUCACAGGCGCCUACCCCAGUAACAUCACCGUGGUGACACAUGCGUUCAAAGAACGCCGCUUCCUGGAACUACACGCACCCGCAAUCAAAUGGCCUAGCCACAGGAUCCGUGUGCAAGGACUCAAUCCGCCUUUCAUGCUAGACGAGCUGAAUUUCACGCAGAGAGGCGAGUUCGAGAGAGCUCAUCGCUGCUUUGCUGAAGACCCGUAUGGCGUGAGAAUGCCAUUGCUCCAGAAACGCCUUGCAAGAAACUGGAACACCGACAAGGCUCAUGUCUUUCUCGGCUGGAAACUGGAAGCGGAGGUCAUGGGCCUUCUCGAGUGGCAAGGAGGCAUGAGUGGAUGGGAGACGUAUCCGCGCCGACUGCCGUGGGAAGAUGAGUCUACCGCUUGGAUGUACCAGAGGACUUGA